AUGAAGAAAGAAAAGAGUCACUCAGAGGAGUACAUCAUCAGGAAAAAUGAGCAAGCGACGCUGCAGCACAGCAGAGGUCAUCGCCUGCCAAAAGACUCACCCUCGAAGCGCCCAGAAGAGAUUGAAAGGCUGGAAGUCUCCAUAGGUCAGACAGAGCUCGCGGUUAGUUUGGCUACUAGACAUUGCCAGGAUGCUGAAGAAUACAGGACUAUCUCGGGCAGGUCCAGAGGUGGCAACCAGCUCCAGCACCAAAGCAAGAAAGUUAAAUGUAACGACGACGAACCUUUGAGUCUCUCAGAGGAACUCAGAAAUGCCGGCUGGUCACCCGAGCCACAUCUGGAUCUGCUUAAAAACCCGCUUUGCGGCGUGCCCAGCCUCAAUGGAAAUGGUCCAGGUGAGGAUCUGUUGCAGUCAGCACGUCUACGGGAAGAAACCUUUAAGGGUCACUACGACAAAUAUAAAGGCGAAGAAUUCCAGAAUGUUAAUACGAGUGCUAACCCAUCCUCUGUGGUUGACCAUUGCGAGCAUGAACUUCCGGCCGGAUUUUUAAAUAAAAACAUUCACGUAGCUAAAGCUGGUGACCUCUUUGAACAAAGGAGCUCCGGGGACUUCUGUAAAGAUGAGCUGAUCAUGCAGGGCAGUUAUUUCAGUUUUAAUGAAGGGGAAGAUGAAAUAGAUGGGUCUUUGAAUGACCCCGCAGGGAAGUGGAACAUUCUUUCGGAGGGUAACAACAAGGAGACGAGUCUCGUCACUGGCAGCGAAAGUGCAUGCGAUUUUAAUACAACAUGUGCAGAUAAACAUUUUUUGCAGUUUUCUAAAAGCGAAAACAAUGAAGCGCCCGAGUCUGAAAGUCUGUUGCUGCAUCCAACCACUCAGUGGGAUGUUCAUAACAUUAACAACUCUGGAAAUGAUGAAUCUCAAAGUUCAUACUCCCCAACUCCCAGAGGUAAGAAAAACAUUCUUAGAAACUCUCGGCAAAACAAGAUUGAUAAGCUCGGUUGGACCAGAGGAGAGCCCGUAGGUGUGGCAGGAGAUCAAAAUCUAAAUGAGGAAACCAAACUGCUGGAAACUAAAGCUCUGCUGAAGUCUUUCCCUCGCAUUAGAAGCACAGUUCUGCGCAAAAGGAGAAGCUUCGAUUCUACCUAUGAGCCAGGUGAGAUUUUGAAUUGCUCCUCAACUGGUUCUUGCAACUGCUUAGUGCCAUCUAAACACAGUGCAGAGAUUCCAGUGGGCCCUUUCCUACAUGAGCAUAACACCCGAAAUUCAGAAAUCAGCUUGUUGUGUGAAGAAUGUGAGAAGUGGAACUUGGAUCAAGUUGCAGGUGGCCAUGAGGAUAGGGAAGAGAACACACGCAGUUUUCACACUAUUGAGGAUGAAGCAACUGAUGAAGGAGCGCAGGCAGACAGCGAAGUGGAGGCAACUGGUCAUUUUCACAGUGGUCAGGAUGUAGCUGCAAACAUUCCUACAAGUAGUUAUUUCAUGUCCCCUGCUGAUUCUGGUCAAUUUCAUCACACCAACUCUGCUUCACCUCCUGGCACAACAGCCACAUCUUCCUCUCGAGAAACAGCUCCAUCCAGCUCCCAUUCCAUUGCUGUGGAGCCCACAGACAAUAACAAUGGUGCUGUUGCCAUUAGUGAUUCCAUGAUGCAGGCAUAUGGAUACAAUCCAAUGACCGAGUCUCCUUUCACAGCUCGUGGAUACCCUGAGCUUCAGCAAGAUGUCACGUCACUGGACCACAUCAACGUGCCUUUUGUGAAGCGGAAAGCACUGGCUUUUCUGAGGGAUGAGAAGGAAGAGUUUGUGGAAGUGGGCCGUGGAACCUAUGGCUGUGUCUAUCUAGCACAGGCAGCCACACGUCGUGGGACAACCAAAGUGGUAGUCAAGGAUUUCUUCACAGAUUCCACAUCAUGGGACCUUAUUGUUCAUGAAGCCCGAAUGCUCUGCUACCUGCAGGACACAGGGGUCAUACCUCACUUCUAUGGCUUGCUCAAGCGGCGAUCUUCAGCUGAUGACUUUUCACUCAUUCAGCAGUACUUUGGUCAUGGUAAAACCUUACAUACAGUUAUCGUAAACAAAGAGCCUCUGCAACCUCUGGUAUGGCAAGAUAUUGCUUGGCAACUUGCACGUGGACUUUUGCUAAUACAUGAUCGACAUGUGCUUCUGAAUGAUUUAAAGGGGGACAACGUACUGAUUGACUUGCGACGAGAACGUAAAGUCAUCAAGUACAUAGAUGUUGGCAUGGCCACAUUCCGCAAAGGAUUAAACUUCCACCUACCCAAAGAUCAGAUGUCAAAAUUCAACUUCCUUGCCCCUGAGGUACGGGCUGGAGCUUUCACCUCUCCAAUGUCAGACGUGUUCAGUCUGGGUUACCUUCUGGACCAAAUAAACCGCUUGGCACGACUGGAACUCCUCCGCUACCUGAGCAUGGGCUGCAUGGAAAGUGUUCCUGUAGAGCGGCUUCACUUGCCUGAUGUUGUGGAUGCCCUUGAGCUCCAUUCGAAAGCCCUCACGGGGGCAUGCUAUGCUGCCUCUGCAGGCGGAGAACCAUCAUUCAAAGCUGCCUCUGCUUCUCAGAUGGACAAGAAACUCAAAUCUUUGCUGGUCUAGAGGGUGGGAAAAGUGCUUUUCGAUUUAUAGUGCAAUGUAAAAGCAUAUUUGUUUAUGCUCAUUUUGAUGCAGUUGCCUGACUGGCAGUAUGUCCCAGGGUGAAGGUAAGACUUUCCCUGCAUGUUGCCUCUCUGAUGUUAAGAGGAAUGUGGUUAAGGUUUAUGUAUGAAUGUCAGAGUGAGGGAUUAUUAUAACUAAACUAUGAAGCGAACAUUUUAUAAAUGUCACUUAAGUCUUUUAGAUUGACGGGAAAGCAAAAUAUUCUUUGCAUAAGCAAGCAAAUAGUAGGCUAGUUACAUAUUAAAAUACAAUGAAAGCCUGUAAUGAGUUUGAAUGGGUUAAUUAAAUGUAUGAGACCAAAAAAAAAAAAAAGGAUUUGAUACUUUUAUGCACAACAGAUAAUGCAGUCUGGAGUGAAGGGAAAUGAAAACAAGAGUGCAUCUGUUUUACUUGUGACGUUGCUUUCAGUAAGAAAAAAUUUGUUGUAUAGAAAGAAUGUUCAUAGUCUUCUUCUUCUUUUGACUCGCUCAUUUGUGUACGUCAGCAUAAAACAAUACCAGCCACUGUCUCUCAGAUUAAAAUAUGUAAUUAAAAUCAAGUCUUUCAGCUUUAUCCUGCAACCGUUUCUCCUAAUUUCUUUGGUCAAAUAUCAAAUUUAAACGUCAGAAAUAUGGCAUAAUUGUGCAAAAAAAAAAAUAUAGCAGUUGAACCAAAACAGGGGUUUUGGCAUCAUUUUGUGAGACUUUGAUGACAAAUGACUCUUUGACAAAUAUUAGCUGACCAAUUUUAUGAACUGUUCAGAUUUUUUAUGACUGCACACUUUAUGUGCUUAUAUUUUUCUCUCAGUACUGCAGGAAGCAAAACCAAACUUAAUUUGUCAAUUCACAUGUUCAGCAGACAAGCUAUUUGGUUUAAAGUGAUAAUAUGAUAAAAACAGUAAUUCCAACUUUUUUUUUAAAAAAAAGGAGGAAAAAUAAAUUGAGAAAUAUUUUAACAUAAUACAUAACAUGAAACUGAACACAAGAAUCGACUCACAAACAGAAAACCUGCACAGGUUUUAGCAGAAGUGAAUAUUAACUUAAACAGAUACAUUAGAGAAAUUCACUUGAAAACUCCCAAGUGAACAAGUAAAACAGAAAGUAGGAUCAAUUGCUUUAAUAACUGUCUGACCUGGAUACAUGGAUAUUAGAAUCCUACUCUUCAUGUGUCAUGAAGUUAAAAAAAAUAAAACUUAAAUGUUAAAGGCAGCACAUAUAAAAAAACAGCAUUUAGUCGUAGAACUAUCACAUCUGCCUACUAAGGAUUUUCCAUAGUUGCUAUACAGCUACACCCCUGACUAUGGAAAUAUGAAUGUGUUAAAAAAAAAGGGGGAAUUUAGGUUACCAAAACUAUUAUUAAUGAAGCAAUGCUUUUUUUUUUUUUGGGGGGGAGGGAGGGG